AUGUCUUUACCCCUUGAUCUCUGGCUGAUUCAUCCCGAAGCGGAAAUGUGUGAGGCGUUUCGGGAUCGUUUUCAGGAACUCCCCCAUGUGACGGUAAUGGAAUGCCGUUUUGAAGACCUGCCCCCGCACGACUGUUUUGUAACUGCGGCGAAUUCGUUUGGCAUCAUGAAUGCCGGCAUCGAUGCCGCGGUAGUCAAUUUUCAUGGUUAUGACCUGAUGAAACGGAUCCAGCACCGGAUUCUGGAUCUGUAUCUGGGAGAACAGCCGCUGGGAACGUCGUUUAUUGAGCCGACGGGAAAUCCCGAUUAUCCCUAUGUGGCUCACAGUCCAACGAUGCGCGUCCCCGGUUCGAUCUCCGGGACGGAUAAAGUGUAUGCAGCGACCUGGGCGUCCCUGCUGGCCGUGUAUCAGCACAACAUCAGCCAGGAAGACGAAGCUACCAAAAUUAAAACGGUGGCCUUUCCUGCGAUGGGGGCUGGCUUUGGAUGCGUACCCUAUCGGGAAGUGGCCCGGCAGAUGGCCGUGGCAUAUCAGCAUUACCUGGAUCCGCCGCAUCGGAUGGACUGGCAGGCGGUGAUUCGCCGUCAACAGGCGAUUGCCUACGAUGAGGGCCAGCAGGUGGAGAAAGAGACACUGCUGAAGCUGUUUCAGGAUUCCAAGAGUGGCUUGGCCGUGUCGGAGGGCAUCGCCGCGUUGCAGCUUUCAGAGGAACAGUCCCGGCUGAUGAAUCAGAUUCUGGACGGAGUGCUGACGGAUGUAUUUUACACAUUGUUGGUGGGGCUGGAUGGAGGUGCCAGUCUGGGUGGUGUGCAACAGACCUACAAAAUCUAUGACGAGCAGGAUCAGUUGAUUUCCGAUUGCGGCGAUCUGGAAGCAGCCGCCUGGGAACAGUUUCACGGUGAGGCGGAUUCGGAAGAGAACACCGCCGACUGA